AUGCUUGAACAAUCUCCAGAAGUCACAGCCAUCUCGUCACAGCCACCUUUCUCACUACUACCGUCUCUACCUUCAACCGCAAUAACUCAAUCCGAUACAUGGUUCCUUAUCGACCAGACAAAGAAGCUAUCAUUAGAGAUCACUGAGCUCAACGCUAGCCUUCUUACUUACCACAACCACCACCGUCAACGUUUCCGUUCCCACCAGCUAAGUUCUACACGUCAAGAAUCUCGAUCGCCUGCAACAUCAACAUAA